AUGAUCCCGCCGCCGGACUCACUGCUGCGCUACGACACGCCCGUGCUUGUCACCCGCCGCACCGAGAAGCGCUCCCCGAGGGCCCCUCCGCUGCAGGGAACACCGUCGCCGCCCGCACCGACCGGGCCUGUCCCGCCAAUCGCCGCCGAGUCCUCGAAGCGGGCGCAGGAGCUCCUCAACGCCAUCCUGCCGCCGCGAGAAUGGGGCAAGGAGAACCACCGGUGGGUGCAGGAGGUGUCCAGCGCGCCCGGCACCCGCCUGGACGUCGUCCAGCUCCAGGAGCAGCUCGACCUGCGGUUGCAGCAGCGGCAGGCGCGGGAGACUGGGAUCUGCUCGGUGCGCCGGGAGCUCUACUCGCAGUGCUUCGAUGAGCUGAUCCGGCAGACCACCAUCGCCUGCGCCGAGCGUGGGCUGCUGCUGCUGCGUGUCAGGGACGAGCUGCAGAUGACGCUGGCUGCCUACCAGGCGCUGUACGAGAGCAGCACAGCCUUUGGCCUGCGCAAGGCGCUGCAGGCUGAGCAAGGCAAGGCUGACAUGGAGAAAAGGAUUGCAGAGCUGGAAGAGGAAAAACAGGAGCUGGAAAGACAAGUGAGUGAGCAGAAAGCUCUGUGUGCAGCUACCGAAAAACGGGAAGACGAGAAGCGGCAGAUAGAGGAAAAGAAACACUCUGAGGAGGUUCAGAUCCUGAAGAAAAUGAACCAACAGCUGAAGGCCCAACUUGAAAGCAUCGUUGCAGCAAAUAAGUAGACUGUUGUUAUUUUUUUCUGGGGGGUUGCCCUCCAGGCAGUGCUCAGAAGAGCUGUCAGAGCAAGAAGGUUGCAGUUAAGAUUUGUCUUCAUAAAACCAUCUGAAAUUUCCACUUACCAGCAACUAGGGCAGAAGAGCUCUGUUCUUUCUGUCUUCCUUUCUUGCCUUCUUCCUUUUUUUCUGUUGAAGAGUUGAAAUUCAGGAAUUGGAAUUCUUUGUUAAUUACUUCAGCCUCUUGCAAUACCCUCUCAGCACUCAGCUCAUUGAAUAGUCAAACCUGUCUGGGCCUUGCCUGGUGGAACUAUGUUAGACGACCUUCAAAGUAAUAAACU